AUGGCUACAAAUGACUCGUAUGGUGGAUAUGAACAGGAGAGAUUUGCCGAUAAAGUUCAUCCAAGAUUUGAGUGUCCUAUAUGUUUUAAAAUAUUUAAAGAUCCUGUUCAAUGUCCAAACGAACAUUAUUUCUGUCGCACUUGUAUCGAAAGAUACUUGUUAACUUCUGAUAAAUGUCCUGAAUGUCGAUGUCAUCUCAUUAAGGAGACAUUAAAGACAGUGAGGUUCAUUAGGGAAAUGUUAGAAGAUUUUGAUAUUUGCUGUGUGAAUGCCAACCGUGGUUGUCCUGAAAUUAUGAAGCUUCAAUUUCUUCAACGUCAUGAAGAAAACUGUGAUUAUUCACCUACAUCUUGUAGAAAUGAAGGUUGUGACGAAAUCAUCAAUAAAAACGAGAUUGAAGAACAUGAAAGGGAACAAUGUGAGUUCCGUCUCAUCGAUUGUGAAGAAUGCAAAAUGAUUCUUGUAUUUAAGUAUCGAAGAUCUCAUCCAUGUUUUAUGAGGAAAGAGAUUGACGAGUUGACCAAAAGAGUGGAGAUGUUUCAAAAGAGUCAAGAUGACAGAGUUAAGCAUGUUGAAGAGCUAGUGAAGUUGAAUCAUGAAAUGGUGACUCAUGUUGAAAAGCAAAUGAAAGUGAAUUGUGAUGAAAUGGCGAAUCAAGUGAGGUUAAGUCGUAAUGAAAUGACGUUUCUUACAACAGAAACGACAGAAAGGUGUAAUUUUCUUACAGGAAAAGUUAAGAUUUUUGUUUGCGGAGGUUAUGAUGGCAAGAAUUUUUUGAAUUCUGUCGAGUCUUUCAACUGGGAUUUAAAUUGUUGGCAACUGGAACCAAAAAUGAAUGAAGAACGAUCUGCAGCAGCUGCAUUUGUUCAUGGUCGAGAAAUAUUUGUCAGUGGUGGUUGCAAUAGUAAACAAUUCAUUGGAAACAUCGAGAGUUUAAAUGUAGAUGGAAAAUUGCAAUGGAAAAUAUCUCAUGUCAUGUUACCAAGAAAUUGUCAUGGACAUAGUAUGAUUUAUGAUAAUGAUAAUGUGAUUAUGAUUGGUGGAUUUAAUAGUGGAGAAACCUUUGAUACAAUCUACAGUAUUCAAUUAAAUCCUCCACAUACGACAAAAUUAUUGGCGCAAAUACCAGAGCGAAGAUUUUGCCAUGGCUCAAUUAUUAUUGGCGACGAUGUUUUAGUAUUUGGUGGAGGAAUGUCUGAAGAAUUAAAAGGUAUGAAAAACACUGUUUAUUCAUACAGUCUCAGUAGAAACGAAUGUAAAACCUUGGCUCCACUUCCAUAUCCAAUACGAAAUACGGGUAUAGUCAGUUAUAAAGGUAAUGCAAUUUUGAUUGGAGGUGUGAAUGAUAAAAAUGAAACAUUAGAUAAAGUUUUGAUGUAUGAUGUGAAAGCAGGACAAACAAAAAUGCUACCUUCACUUAAUCAUAAAAGAUAUGGUUGUUCAGCAGUUAUCAUUGGAAAUAUUAUUGUUGUGGUUGGUGGCUAUAAUGGUGAAUCUUAUCUUGAUUCAGUUGAAUGUCUUGAUAUGAGUACAAACGUUUGGAGAGAACUACCUCCCAUAAUGACCAAACGAAAUUGGGCUGCUGCUGUUGUUUCACCAAUAUAUUAA